GUUUCAUGGCGGGACGUGUUUCUCCGCCUCGGCUUGUCCUGCUAAACUUAACGGUAUAAUUAGUAUAUAUGAUAUAUAUGUAUGUAUAAGUGGAGCGAUGGAGAGUGCCUUGGUAAAAGACAACCCGCUGCUGUUUCCGCUCAACAAGCAGAAGACGCUCUAUGACGGAUUCAUCACGGUGCUGGAGCGAGACUUCAGACUGAGAGUGCUGCUUCCACCAGAUGGUCAACUUAAAGGAGCCAGGCUGCACUGCUGUUGGCAGUUGAGACAGGUGUUGCAGGGCUAUGAACACACAGUGAAGCAGAGGCUGCAGCAGUCGGCUGAUCUCGUCACUUUCAUUCUGGAGCUGAAGACGGUCUUGGAAGUGGGUCUGAAAAGCCGUCCCGAGUGCCGCUCCAUCCCGCCUCCGCGGUACUACUCCCAGCUCAUCUCUGAGAUGGAGACCCUCGGCUGGGGCAGGCUGCUCUUCAUCGACACCGAGUUCCGAACGUUAAGACUGAAGGCGGAGGACUCCUCUGGAAGGCAGCACGUUCUCGCUGUUAAACUCAAGUCUAGGCACCCUGCAGAGGCUCCUGAAUGCUCCGCUGACCUGCCGGUCCCUCUGGACAUCACAUGGACACCACAGAGUACUCUGGACCAGCUUCAUAGCCAGUUCCUGCUGGUUCUGGAGUCCCUGACCGAGUUCUGGGAAGUCCUGGACGAGAUUGACAGCAAGACCUGGAUUCUGGAGCCGGAAAAACCCAGCCGGUCCGACACCAUGAGGCGGAUCGCCAUCGGAACCAACGUAUCCAUCAAAGUGGAGCUGGAUCCCAGACACCCCAAGAUGCUGCCAGAGUGCUGCCUGCUGGGAGCCGAGCACGCGGUGACUCCUCUGAGGAACAAGCUGAACGCCAACAUGCACCUGUGGAACCCGGACUCCGGCGUCUUGCUCAACCUCCGGGAUGUUUUGGAGAUCGAAUUCCCGUCACCUGCCACCCACGAAAAAUCUAGCUUCAGCGUGGAGUGUGGGAUCUGUUACUCCUAUCGCCUCGAAGCUGCCAUCCCCGAUCAGGUGUGCAAUGACCCCCGCUGUGGCCAGCCCUUCCACCAGGCCUGUCUGUAUGAGUGGCUGCGAGCGCUCCCCUCCAGCCGGCAGAGCUUCAAUAUCGUCUUCGGAGAGUGUCCUUACUGCAGCAAGCCCAUUACAGUGAAAAUGUCAGCCCAGCAGUCCUGAGACGGUCCAGCAGGAUUUAAAAACACAGAGAGCAGCCAGGAACAGGACCAUGCUCACCAAGACCAACCAGGACGAUGGUCCGCUCCUCCGUGCGGGACCAGCUUCCCGUUCUGGACCAGCUUCCCGUUCUGGACCUCCUCCACCAAAGCCAUGUCUGUGUUUCCAGCAGAGGCCGCCACGGCAACGCCAUCCAUAGCUGUUCUUGGCGGUCCAGAAGGGGUCCUGAAGAGAGUCCUGAUUGUACUGUGAUUGGUUCAGCAGUGUGUGUUUUCUAAGUUGUUCCCGUCUCUCAGAGGUCCAUUUAGUUUUCUGUCAAAGAGGGUAAUUCAGGCUCUUUUGGAACAUGCCGACUGUAAAAUGUACAUAUACAUAUAUAUAUACGUAUA